AUACUUUUUUUUUUCUAGAACGUUCACACCGAGACGACCGGGACCGUCGGGGCAGGCAUGGCGAGGACGGUCAUCGUGAUAGAGACAGAGAGUACAGCCAUGGCCACAGAGACAGGGAUCGUGGUGAUAGAGACAGAGAACGAGACAGAGAGAGGGAUCAUGGACAUAGAGAAAGGGAGAGGGGAGAGAGAGACAGGUACUCCUCCAGGCGGGACGACAGGCGCCGAGAUUUUGGUGGCCGUGGUGAAAGGGAAUUCGACGAUCACAGGCGAGAUGACGAUAGACGUCCCAAUUACAGACGCGAUGAAGAUCGUGGCGGUCAUCGUCGUCCACGCGAAGAAGGUUCACCGCCCCGUCGCGGACGAGGUAAAAAAGACGCCGGUUCCCCUGAAAGGAGAUCCCCUACCCCAGAAGGAUCCAUUCCAUUGUCUCAGCGCAGACGCAAGGCUUCGGGUUGGGAUGUUCAUGCUCCCGGAUAUGAACAAUAUUCCGCCAUGCAGGCAAAACAAACAGGUCUCUUCAAUCUUCCCGGGGCUAACCGUACCCAGGUUCCACCCAUUCUUGGUAUCCCAGGUUUACCUCCCCCGAUUCCAGUCCAAACGUUUGGAAUGGGCAUCGGCAGCAACCCUAACUUGUCUAGGCAGUCUCGUCGUCUUUAUAUUGGCAGCAUCACACCAGAGGUCAACGAACAGAAUUUAGCCGACUUCUUCAACAGUAAGAUGAUCGAAAUGAGUAUCGGUACAGGCGGCCCCGGCAAACCCGUACUUGCAGUACAGUGCAACUACGAGAAGAACUAUGCAUUCGUUGAGUUCCGCAGCGCUGAAGACGCCACGGCAGCAAUGGCAUUUGACGGCAUCAUUUUCAUCAACGGUCCACUUAAAAUUCGCAGACCAAAGGAUUAUGGUGGCCCAGAACAACACUCGCCUGGUAUUCACGUCCCAGGCGUCGUUUCCACCAAUGUUCCAGACUCGAUCAACAAAGUUUUUGUCGGUGGUUUACCAACUUACCUCAACGAAGAGCAGGUACAGGAGCUGCUCAAGAGUUUCGGCGAACUCAAGGCUUUCAACCUCGUCCGCGAAAAUGGCAACGGCCCUUCAAAGGGAUUUGCGUUCUUCGAAUACGCGGAUGCAUCUGUUACUGACGUCGCUAUUCAAAGCUUGAACGGCAUGGAACUCGGCGACAGAUACCUGGUUGUGCAGCGGGCUUCUGUCGGUGCAAAACCAGGAAUGCCCAAUCUUCCAUAUGAUCAGUUCCCAGAGAUACCACGUCCCAUCAUGCCAGCAGGCGAAAACAACACGGCAGAUGCACGCAUUCUCCUCAUGCUCAAUAUGGUGGUGCCAGAGGAUCUCAUGGAUGAUCAAGAGUACGGUGAUCUCUACGAGGACGUCAAAGAGGAAUGUUCCAAGUACGGUGUCGUCGAGGACCUUCGUAUUCCUCGGCCCGUCAAGAAAGACAAGUCGAAGCAGACACCUGGCGAUCUGGGUUAUCAGUCUGCCCUGGAUGCCCAGCGCGCAGAUGAGGCUGCAGGUGUUGGGCGUGUAUACGUCAAGUACGCAUGGGGCCAUGAGGCGCAAGCGGGACUCAAAGCACUUGCCGGACGGUCCUUCGCGGGUCGUUCUAUUAUUGCAACUGUCUUGAACGAAGACAGCCAGACGACGCCGCCUCUUAACCUGAUCUUUGCACCACAGCCUGAGGCUCCGCCUCCUCUUCCUUCGUCUUAGUUGUACCGAUGUCCUCUCAUCGGCUUGCAGAUAUUUAGCACUUGCACCUGGCUCGCACGCGUCCACGCUGACGAACAGGCAAGUGCUGGUGAUGCCGAUGCUAAAAAUUAGCUAUGUUUUGAUUCCAUCUACGUAUGUAUGUCGUGGUACCCCUUUCUUUCUUCCGAUGCUUCUAUUUGUCUUCUUCGCGUUGCCUCCUGCCGCCGUGGCACGAUGGUGCGGCAGUUUCUUUACAGCCUUACAGCCCAGGUCGAGAUCGAGAUUGUAUAGUGUUGCCAGUCUCAAGUUCUAUGGACUUUUUGUGAUGCCGACGGUGCGUAGUCACUGUGAGUUGAUGACAGUAGCGACAGGGUAGCAGCUCGACAGAAAGUGCCCCGCGUCAUUUGGCCCCAUCGGGAGGCA